AUGUCGGGGCGCGGGAAAGCGGCCGUCGGGGCGGCGGCGCGGGCCAAGGCCCGGUCGCGCUCGUCGCGGGCCGGGCUGCAGUUCCCGGUGGGCCGCGUGCACCGGCUGCUGCGGCGCGGGCGCUACGCGGAGCGCGUGGGGGCCGGCGCGCCCGUCUACCUGGCGGCGGUGCUGGAGUACCUGACGGCCGAGAUCCUGGAGCUGGCGGGCAACGCGGCGCGCGACAACCGCAAGACGCGCAUCGUGCCGCGCCACGUGCAGCUGGCGGUGCGCAACGACGAAGAGCUCAGCCGCCUGCUGGGCCGCGUCACCAUCGCGCAGGGCGGCGUCCUGCCCAACAUCCCCGCGGCGCUGCUGCCGCGCAAGGCCGGCGGAGCGGCCAGCGCCGGGGCGGCGGCGCCCAGGAAGAAGGCCAGCCAGGCCUCGCAGGAGUACUAGCCCCGGCCGGGGCGGCGGCGG